AUGGCAGAUAUACAAAUUCAAUGUGCUAAUUGUGGUCAAACCCAAACACCUUUAUGGAGAAAGAAUGAUAAAGGACAACCACUUUGUAACGCAUGUGGAUUAUAUGCUAAAUUACAUAAUAGAGAUCGACCGAUCGCUAUGCGUAAAUCUAAAAUUCAACGUAGACGUCGUGAUUGGAAUAAAUAUGGACAUAUUGAAGAAGGACAUUCUAAUGAAGAAAGUACAGAAACUUCAUCAUCAUAUUCAGGAACAAAUUAUUCACCCAAAGGACCUAUAACAUUACAUACGAUUCUUCCAAAUCAAAGACCUAUAGCACCUAUGACUAUGUCACCUAGUCUUAUGGCACCAGCACUUUUAACUUUAGCUACGGCAGCUACAUGUCAAAGAGAACAAAUGUUAUUAGAAGAACAACCAAUUCCUGGUUAUAUACAUCAAUCAUUUGAUGAUAGUGAUGAAACAAAAUUUAAAACUUUAGUUGAUCAAAUGUCUAAAAAACAAGUGGAAGAAGUACUAAAAGUUUUAGAGAGACGAUGUGAAAUUUUGAAAAUGGCAUUAGAAUCAUAA